AGACUAUCACAAUACAGUUUAGUUUAGUUUGUGUUUAGGAAAAUUCUUAUUUAUCUUGAAAGUGAGCGGUUCAGUGGCUUGCUUCAACACUUUCACUGAAAAAUUUCCUGAAUUGUUUCGGACAAGGGAUGGAAAUCGAGCAGACGUUUCAGGAUUUUAAGGAUAACGCCGUCCAAGAAAUCUUCAAGGAAUGUAUGAGUGUCGAGAUUGAUUCAAGAUCGCAGUCGAUGAUGAUGUUACUUCCCGGUGCCAUUUCGCAAUUGACCGACCAUUUAAUCCUGACUUCUGCUUCAUCUGUCAACACUAAUGUCCUUGAUGCACUUAAUAUCACUUGUGUGAUUAACGUAGCGCCAGAAUUGCCAGACGCGCCACUGCACAGAAGCGACAUCGUUUAUCACAAGAUUCCCGUUUUGGAUUCGGGGAAUUCCAGGAUUUACGCGUAUUUUGACGAAGCGGCCGACUUGAUACACCAAGUGGCCAAUUCUGGGGGAAAAACUUUGAUUUAUUGUGUUGCCGGCGUCAGCAGAUCGGCUAGUGUCUGUUUGGCCUACCUUAUGAAACACCAAGGCUUGACACUUUUGGAAGCCUACAACUAUGUCAAGUUAAGGAGGCCAAAAAUUAAGCCAAACUGCGGAUUUUUCAAACAACUAAUUGAAUAUGAAAAAGACAUUUUUGGGGACAAUACUGUUAGGAUGAUUUUUAAUGAGUUUGUACAAAUGGAAAUACCGGAUAUCUACGACUGUGAUUACCAGUUUGUCAGCCAUUUUACCAAGAAGAAACGAAACCAAAGAUUUUAAAAUUUGGUUAAUUAUUCCAAGCAAGGUGCAUUUUGCGACAGACAAUGACAUCAUAUUGAUGUCCAGUGUAACGAAUUUUGUGUGUGUUUAAUGAGUUUCGAUUAAUUCAGACAGAUUUUGCAAAUGUGUAACAAAUAAAUUAAAAUUUUAGUUUAUUUUUAAUGAGUGUCUGAAUUAAUCCCAUUACAUAACAAUUUUUGUAAAAACAUUAUCUGUGUUUCUUUUGUACUGAUACCAUAUAAGGGACCAACUUUAUUUAUUGUGUUUUAUGUACAUAAUUUUUAUUUAAUAAAAAAAUUGACUCAA